AUUUUUAUGGCAGAUUAAAAUUAAUAGCUUGAAUAACUUAAGUAUGCAUUGUGGUUGGCAAUCAUGUAAAGUAUAAUUGAGAUAUUGAUUUUAGAUAAAAAUGAAUAAAUAGUGUAAUUUUUUAAUUCACCAAAAAUUUAAAUAAAUGUUAAUGUAGCAUUAACAAAUUAAGGAAUUACAGCUUUACAUUAGGCAGCAAGCAAUGGAAAUUUGAAUUUAGUAUAAUUUUUAGUAGCAAUUUAGAAGGCAGAUAUAGAUCAAUAAGAUUUGGUAAAUAAAAAAUAAAUAAAUUAGUUUGGAAGAACUCCUCUACAUUUUGCAUGUGCAAUAGGCAAUUUAGCAAUAGUGGAUUAUUUAAUUUAAUCAAAAGCAUCACCUAAUAUUCAAACAAUAGUAUAUUGAUUUAUAAUAAAAGGGAGGUGAGACACCAAUAAUGAAAGCUGCUCAAUUUCAUCAAUCCCAAUUAUUAUAUUACUUAAUUUAAACACAUUCAGAUAAAAUUAAUUGGAAUUUAGUUAAUAAAGUAAUAAUUAAUAAUGAAAGAAAAGUUAGGAUAAAAUGUUUUACAUAUAUUUCGAAUAUCUUGUGUAAAUUCAUUGGAGAAGUAAAAUUAAAUAUUUACGCCAAUAAAUGAUGUAAUGAUUGAAUUAAUGGGAUUGAUAUAAAUGGAAGGACAAUAUAAUAACUAAAAUUAUGAGAAUAAUUAAGUAAAAUGAGAGUAGUUUGAAUGAACAUAUUAAUUAUGUGAUUAUAUAUGCACAUAAAUAAAUAAGAGAG